AUGAAGCUAUACACGUUUCUGCAAUAUAUUGCCAUUUCGGCUUGGGCUGUCACGCCAGGCAAUGCCAUCACCAAGGCCUACAAGACAUGCCGCAAACUUCCAAAAGAUCCAGAUUGGCCAGCUCCUGAAAUAUGGGAGGCAGCACUACCAGGUGUAAUCCCAAUACAGCACAAUUCUACGACUGGCCCUCUCCCGGAUUAUCGAUUCCGCGCACACUCCAUUGAAGACGUCCAGGAUGCAGUAAGGUUUGCCACGGAGCACAACGUCCGUCUCUCUGUCAUCACCACAGGGCAUGACCAGCUUGGCCGAAGCGAUGCCGGUUCAGGUCUUCUCCUUGAUCUGUCUUUUCUGAGAGGCAUCAAGGUUCACGAAUCUUUCGUUGCAACUGAGACUGGCACAGACAGGCUCGGCCACAUAGAGAAGCCCAAUGUCAUUACUCCAGUCCCCGGUGUUCAAGCUGCUGUUACGUUUGGGCCAGCCGCAGCUGGGCUCUAUCUCAAUUACGCACUUGACCCCUCUGGCUUAUUCACCGUGAGUGGAGCUGCAGCAACCGUGGCUGUAGCCGGAGGAUGGGGUCAGAAUGGCGGCUAUGGGCCCCUCACCUCUCAGUACGGUCUCGGAGUCGAUCAGUGGCUCGAGGCCAAAGUAGUGACACCUGAUGGGCAGCUUCGCAUCGCCAACGACAAGGCAAACAGAGAUCUCUUCUGGGCCAUCCGUGGAGGUGGCGGCAGUACGUUUGGUGUCGUUGUCGAAGCCACCUGGAAGGUGUAUCCUACAGUCCCGAUGACCGGGUUCAACUGGUGGAUAAACUCAACCCUCACAGGUCCAAACUCGACUGACUAUGAAGUUGGCCGGACACCAGUGAGCGAGGCGAUGGAGUACCUUUUGUCUAAGUUACCAGACCUCCAAGAGAAGGGCAUCACGGCGUACAUUUAUGCUUCGCCGACCAGCGUUCGAUGUUACGCCAUUCAUGCAGCAGAUCGGUCUGGCAUAGCGAAUGCCAACGCCGUAUGGGGCCCGAUUUUGUCCAAGAUGCAGGAAUUCCCGGGUAUGAAGCCUUUCCAGUCGCGGCCUUAUGACUUUGUCGAUUACAAGGACUUCUUCGACACAACUUACGGCCCGCUUCCAAAUCCAGGAGACGAACCCACCCCGCCUUACAAUCGCGGUAUCGUCACCUUUGACAGUCGAUUGCUCGGAGCCGAGCACUUUCACAGUCCCAACAUAACCUUUGCGCUGCGGGAAACGAGAGGCAACUAUGGUAUUUUGGUUUGUUCGCCCGGUGGAAGAUUCGGAGAUGGGUCCGAGACCUCAAACAAUCCGGGAUGGCGGAAGGCUGUCGCACUCCUCGUUGGGUACAAGACGAAUACAACCAACGUAGACGGGCUACGGCGUCUUGCUCCCGACAUGGGGACAUAUAUCAAUGAGGCGAGUACAGAACAGGAACACUGGACCUCAGCAUUUUGGGGUACAAAUUACCCACGCCUUUCUAAGAUCAAAUCCGAGAUCGACCCAAACAUGACGUUCUGGGCCAGCCCUGGAAUCAAUGCUGACCACAUGGAAGUGGUCGAUGGGCGUGCUUGUCUCAUCGAUUCCCCUCCCGACGAGCCCUCUCUGAUCCCUCCACCAACCGACAGACAUGUUAUUGCGGAUCUGGCCAAAGAUGGGCAUUUUCUUUUUGGGAACAGGGAACUUAUAGGCACCGCGUACCCGGCUCCUGGGACAUGGGAGGGUUUACAGUCCCCUGAGCAGGAAUCAGCGUAG